AUGUGGAAAAUCCGAGUGUGGAGUGCAUUUUCCCACCGCACACUCACCCUUGCUUUACAACGGCUUGACGUGGUGUCUGCGGCGUCCGCUCACUGUUUCUAUCCAGCAUGGCAUGUUGCAAGGCGAGAAUGCACCACAGGGAGUGAAGGGCAUCCACUCCAAUCAUUGAAGGAUGCCGACGCACCACCACAAACAACAACAACAACAACAAAAAUAUCAACUACAGCAUCAACGAAGAGCAAUGAUAUCGACUGGGACGACAACACUGUUGUGGAGGAAAUUAGAAGCAUCCUGACUUUGGAGCUUUUACCAAGAAAAGGGUCUUGUGAUGAAGGGGGUGACAAUACCGUGCCUCUUUAUGCGCUGUUUCGUGCACUGGGGCCGACUCUACGGUCGCAGCUGCAGAAUUCCUCAUUUGGGGCACUUUCCAAGGCAGUGAAAAGCAGGCCCGAUUGGUUUAUUAUUAGUGCAGAUGGCGCCAGAGUGGGACUCACAGACGCUGCGUACUCAUGCCGUGCGACCAAUCACGAUGCGAUUGAGAGCAACAAGAAGGGCAUUGAUGGCCUUCGACAAGACAAAAGUUGUCGUGCGAGCACCGCCGCUUCAGGUAAUGUCAUGCAAACGCCUUGCCUCGAGAAGCGCGCGAUCACGCGUUCAAAAAGUUAUGUGUUGGUGCGCGGAUGCUUUGGAUCGACCCCGCUGGAUGUCUUAAAGCCACCUCUCACGUCCGCGGAGAUUGAGGAGUGGAAACUUACACGCAUUCUUCUCCCUGUCACCCUGUAUUUUCUUAUGGACAAGGAGCCGAUAACGCUUUUUCCGUAUGGUGAAAAGCCACGACGUUUGUCACCCGAUCUGGAGGAAGCCGAGUCCCUUUAUGUAUCGAAGGGACUUUUUCCACCCUCUGAAGUGGCAGCCGCAUUUGUGCACAUCACACCCACGUUUUUUGUGGAAACUCGUCACGUUCUUGCUGCGAUGUCUCCGGAUGUGGCUCAGUGCUUUGAAAGUCACAUUUCGAAGGAUCGCGUCGUGGAUCUUUUCUUUAAAAAGUAUCCCAUGAUAUUCAAGAUUAAGACGGGCAAGUUUCAGAAGACGGCGGUGAAACUAAAUCUGGAUUUCAGUUUUAUUCAGAAUUACCCGGGGUGUGGGAGGGCGGAUCGUUUAUUGCGUCGCCACAACCAGGAGUACCGAGCGACAGUAGGCGGAGUUGUCUCGCGACAAAUCACCUCACCCUCACGUGAACAAGAGAAGCAGGGUCGUUCAGGAGAGUCUCAUGUUGACGUGAAAAUUUUCGAGAUUCUUUUACGAAAUUUGCCUCGGUUUCCGAGCGACAAAUCACUUUCAGGAGCAGAGCUGGAGGAAAGACGUUGUGCGCCAAUUCCCCUGGUGAAGUGGAUUGACGGUUUCGCUCAGGAGGAUCUGGACGUACUGAAUAGUGUCCCACAGCGGCGGGUGCUAACAUUACUAACGCGAUACUCACAUAUCUUUCAGUUGGUGUGCCGAGGCGAGGAUUCAAACCUGUUUGCGGAGCAUAUGUAUCUGAAUUCGUCAAAGAACUCCAACACACCACGACGCGCUCAACGGGACGAUGGAAGUAAGAAUAGUUUUGUGCGGCCUUUGGAUUCAACGUCCGUCUGCGAGUUAAAUGAGAUUCCUCACGCAGAUGAAUAUACUGUUGAGGAGGAGAAGGCGGAUAAAUUGGAGGCAGACACACCGCUUCCACCUGAAACCGAAAUGAAACGACGGGAGGCAAACAUAGCGGCGGCGCUACGAGAUGACUUGAUUGGUGUGGAUGACAUUCUCAGCUCUGAUGCGGAAUCGGUACCGACAUUGACAGACGAGGGAGAGGAUACGGAGCUGGGCGACAAGUUAAAUACCGAUGAAGAUGAGGUGUGUUCCGCGGAGGGUGAAGAGGGGGGUGAAUUCUUUGACGCGAACGAAGUUAAGGAGGAGGAGGAGGAUGUUGAUGGUGGCGAAUCGCAAAGGAAUUUGGAGGAACGUGGAGGAGAUGGUGUAAAAAAGGAUCCACCGCUCACGGACAUGUCAUACGCCGAUGAUGAAUCUGACGGUCCUUAUAUCCCCUCCCAGUACGAUAUCAUUUAUGUCCGACGUCUUCCAAGAAGAAUUGCGCCACGAAGUCUGAGUGACUACAAUGCCGCCAAUUCCCCGGAGCCAGAGUUACUGCAGCAUAUUGCCUCGUUUCUUAACCCACCCCCUUCCUUGCGGGAAGCAAAACAACAGAUUAUGCAGUCGAAUAGAAAAGCACGCAAAGUCCCUCUUUUUACCAGCGGAAGUGCUGUCGGCCCGUGGCGGUGGGUGCCGAUUCAGCGCAUUUAUGCCUCCCUAAGUAAAGAGCAAAAACGUCUUUUGCGACCCUUUAAAGGACUUGUUCACUUCAUGCGACUUCAUGGUGAGAUCUUUGAAAUAAGCAUGGACUUUUUGCAUGUUAUUGCCCAUGAUCCAGAGGGACAAAUUGCACCGUUUGUCCCAACACAACUGGUUUUCCAUAGCGAGGAUCGGGUGCUUCUUCCACAGAAAUUUGAUGAUGAUGAGAAAUCAAAGGCGUCGUUGAUAGCGGAUUUGGAGCGAAAUAAAUUUAAGAGUAUUUUGGGUGCCAGUCAAAUUCCAACGGAUCGUCCACAAUUGUUACUGCUGGAUCCAUUGAAUCCCGUACUUAAUCAUGAGAUAUUAUGUGAGGAGGUUUCUCUUUUCAUGCCGGAUCACCCUGUUCCGCUUCAUCAGUUGAUUAAUCGUCUACCACCAAUUUUGAAGGCGGCACUUUCUUUGCGACACAAAAACAACUUUAAGACCAGUAAGCAUCUAAAGGUGUGGAAUGAGGGCAACCGCACGAUGCUGCAAAAGAGUCAAUUGGCCGUGCCGGAGUCGGCUUUGAUGGGCGAGGAAACUAUUUCUGUAGAGGAUGCUAUUGAAUCGGUACGUGAGGUGAUACCAGAUGAAGGUGUGAUGAUAGGACAUCUGCACCGUAUGCUUCCCUAUGCAGCUAAAAAGACGUUAAAUACACACUUUGGAAAUGUCUACAACGCCAUCCUUGGGUAUCCACAGUACUUUUAUAUUGAGAAGGUGGAGGAAAACAGAUCAAACAGCACGGUUUUUCUUGUUGAGCGUCUUCAAGAAGAGAUACAAUGUUGA